AUGUCUGCACCAAACCAAGGCCGUCAAUCCCCCGACCCAGAGCGUCAAACCGGAGCUCAACAACAAUCUCCACCAGCCGAGAAGCCAAACCAGGCACCUGGCCACAAGGAGGCUAAGGACUCCAAGGCACAACUCGAGGGCUUGAGCUCUAACCCCAAGGGUCCGUUGGAUGAUGAGGCGAAGGCUAAGCUUAGCAAGUAA